CUCGGGGGUACGGAGCGGGACCCGGUGCUGCCCCCAUCCCGCGCUCUGCCCCGACGGGCCCACUUUAAGGCAGGCAGCAUCCUUGGUGGGAGGAUGGAGCAGAGGCGGCAGGGCCGCCAACGGGCCUCUGAGUGCAUCCGCAAACAGAAGCGCAAGGAGCUGGACGCCCGGCGCAGCAAGUGCCGCAUCCGCAUCGGGGGCCACCUGGAGCAGUGGUGCCAGCUCAAGGAGCAGCUGGGCUUCUCCCUGCACUCCCAGCUGGCCAAGUACCUGAUCGACAGGUAUACUUCCCAGGGCUGCGUGCUGAGUGCAGGGCAGGGUGGCUCAGAUCCCAGCGCUCUCCCCACGGAUGCCCUGCAGCGCCUGGUCGUCCUGUCUCAUGUUCACAGCCAGGAGUGCAGCUUUAUCCCCAAUGUGAAGACCCCCUCACCAGGCGACAAGGGGGCCCCAGGGAGUCUAGUGUGGGAGUGCAUGGCUGGACACACCUUCUCCUGGGGCCCCCCUGCACCGGAAGAGCAGGGCUGUGUCCCACCGGGAGGUAGUUCACAGCCCGGCAAAGCUGCUUCCCGGCGCAAGAAAGAAAGAGGGGCCAGCUCAGGGCCUAGCCCACCACCUUCCCCAGUUACCAGCCGCAGGCGCUCACUCCGCAGGGCAGCGCUUGCCCAGGACUCCUCUGGGACGAUGGUUAAGGUGGAGCCCAACCUCCUUGGGAACAGUGGGGUGGUGGAGAGAAUGGCAGCUCCAUCAUCCACCAGCAGCAUGGACCACGGCGGAGAGCUAGGAGCAGGAAGCUCUGACACUGACGCAGGGGCCGGGUUAUGUCAUGGAACUUUCUUUGUAACAAACAUUCCACAGACCAUUCAUUCACCCCCAUCCCACCAUGUUCUUCCCCCCUCAGCAGGAUUUCUUAUUCCCAAACCCGACGUAAUCUCCCGGCUGGAGCGAGGGGAAGAGCCGUGGGUCUCAGAUCCCCAGGGUUCCGAGGAAAGGGGGAGCUUGAGCGGUGCCUGCAUAGGAUUUCCGGUUUCCAAGCCUGAUGUGAUUUCCCCGUUGAAAGGGGAGGGCGAGCCAUGGGUCCCCAAUCUCCAUGGCUCUGAGGAGAAGGAGAGCCCGCAGGGCGCCUGUGCAGGUGAGGGUCCAGCCCGUGAAAAUGCUCAGCACCAGGGUCCCCCGCAAGUGGAGCUGCGCAGGAUGCCGUCCGUGAAAUCCGAAGGGAACGCGUCCUGGAUGCCGACGCAGGGGGAGCCACACCUUACGUCAUCAAUAAAAUGCGAAGGGAGUCGUGAGCAGGAGGACGUCUGUGCGAGCUGGGGCGGGUUGGAAGGGCAGGAGGGAGCCCAGCCCACUUCCCCCGGGGGAGGCAGCGUGGGCCACAAAUACAUCCAGGUCCUGCUGAGCCUCCAGCCGGAGCAGCAGCAGCAGUGGCCAUGCCCCGAGUGCGGGAAGAUCUUCGUUGACCAUGCUCACCUCCUGCGCCACCAGCGGCUGCACGCUCUGGAGAAACCCUUCCCCUGCCCCGACUGCUGGCGGGGCUUCCUGCGGCGCUGUGACCUGUCCGUCCACCGGCGCUCCCACACCGGGGAGAUCCCCUUCCCCUGCCCUGACUGUGGGGAGGGGUUCCUGCGCCGCUGCGACUUGGCCGCCCACCGCAAGAGCCACAUGGGGGAGUGGCCCCACCAGUGCCCCAAGUGCGGGCGGCGCUUCCGCAAGCGCUCCGUCCUGGUCAACCACCAGCGCACCCACCUGCAGGACGAUCGCUACAAGUGCCCCGAGUGCGGCCAGGGCUUCAAGUGGCCGGGCCAGCUGGAAAUGCACCGGUACAGCCACAUGGAGGAGAAACGGCACACCUGCUUCAAGUGCGGGGAAAGCUUCAGCCAGCGCUCCCACCUCCUGGCCCACCAGGGCAGCCACCUCGGAGACGCCCCUUACCACUGCGCCGACUGCGGGAAGGGCUUUGCCCAGCACCCAGACCUCAUCCUCCACCGGCGGAGUCACACCGGUGACCGGCCCUUCCACUGCCCCCAGUGCGGCAUCGGCUUCGGCCGCAGCUCAGACCUCAGGAACCACCAGAGCGUCCACGCAGGCCAGCAGCCCUACAAGUGCCCCCUGUGCGGGAAAGGCUUCCAGGAGAGGGCGCACCUGGCCGCCCAUCAGAAAAGCCACGGCGGGGAGGAUUUCUACCUCGGCCUUGCUGCAGUUUGGACGGGGUGAGCGCCAGCCAGCAUCUGGCUCAUCGGUCAGGAGCCAGCAGCAGCCAGUCCUGACCUGAAAGUGAUGCUCUGGCUCUGCCUGGCCUAGCAACUUCCAGACGAAGCCUUGAUUGGCACAGCCGCCCGCUGAGCUGCCACUGGGGAGGGGAUUGUCAGCGAGCCGCCUUGUGCCCGGAAGGCCAUUGCUGUUUGUAUUAGAGUACCAUCUACGCCCCAGCAGGCGUCGAAUAAAAUUCCUGCCAGAAAGUGUGUACCAGCAGUACC